GUCUCCGCCCACGCGCUCAAGAGCCGCGGAGACCCGCCGAGCUGCCGAGGCCCGCCGACACCGCCCGAGACCAGCCGAGAAGCCGAGGCCGGCCGACACCCGCCCGAGACCCUCCGAAGGGCCGAGGCGCGCCGACACCCGCCCGAGACCCCCCGAGAGGCGGAACGCGGCGGAGCCCGAGCCGCGCGCGUGCCGGGCGGACGCUUGCGGAAAGAUGAAUUUGCAACUGGUUUUCUGGAUUGGAUUCAUCAGCUUGAUUUGUUCCGUAUUUGGCCAAACAGAUAAAAAUAGAUGUUUAAAAGCAAAUGCCAAAUCUUGUGGAGAAUGCAUACAAGCAGGGCCCAAUUGUGGGUGGUGCACGAAUACGACAUUUUUACAAGAAGGAAUGCCUACUUCGGCACGUUGUGAUGAUUUAGAAGCAUUAAAAAAGAAGGGCUGCCAGCCAAGUGACAUAGAAAACCCAAGAGGCUCCCAAACUAUAAAGAAAAAUAAAAACGUCACCAACCGCAACAGAGGAACAGCAGAGAAGCUCCAGCCAGAGGACAUAACUCAGAUCCAACCACAGCAGCUGCUCCUGAAGCUGCGAUCAGGAGAACCACAGAAGUUUACAUUAAAAUUCAAAAGGGCUGAAGACUACCCCAUUGACCUCUACUACCUUAUGGAUCUGUCCUACUCUAUGAAAGAUGAUCUGGAGAAUGUGAAGAGCCUCGGCACAGAUCUGAUGAAUGAGAUGAGGAGGAUCACUUCAGACUUCCGCAUUGGCUUCGGCUCAUUCGUGGAGAAAACUGUGAUGCCGUACAUUAGCACCACCCCAGCGAAGCUCAGGAACCCCUGCACGAGUGAACAGAACUGCACCAGCCCCUUUAGCUACAAAAAUGUGCUCAGUCUUACUAACAGAGGAGAGGUUUUCAAUGAACUUGUUGGUCAGCAGCGCAUCUCUGGAAACUUGGACUCUCCAGAAGGUGGUUUUGAUGCCAUCAUGCAGGUCGCAGUUUGUGGAUCACUGAUUGGCUGGAGGAAUGUGACGCGACUGUUGGUGUUCUCUACGGAUGCUGGCUUUCACUUUGCUGGAGAUGGGAAACUUGGUGGCAUUGUUUUACCAAAUGAUGGGCAGUGUCACCUGGAAAACAACGUCUACACAAUGAGCCAUUAUUACGAUUAUCCCUCAAUUGCCCACCUUGUCCAGAAACUCAGUGAAAAUAACAUCCAGACGAUCUUCGCGGUCACUGAAGAGUUCCAGCCUGUGUACAAGGAACUGAAGAAUUUGAUCCCUAAGUCUGCAGUGGGCACACUGUCUGGAAACUCGAGUAACGUGAUCCAGCUGAUCAUCGAUGCCUACAAUUCCCUUUCUUCAGAAGUCAUUCUGGAAAACAGCAAAUUGCCGGAAGGAGUAACAAUAAAUUACAAAUCCUACUGCAAGAACGGGGUGAACGGGACAGGAGAAAAUGGGCGAAAGUGUUCCAAUAUUUCCAUUGGAGAUGAGGUUCAAUUUGAAAUAAGCAUAACUGCAAAUAAAUGUCCAAAUAAGGAGUCUGAAACCAUUAAAAUUAAGCCUCUAGGCUUCACUGAAGAAGUAGAGGUCGUUCUUCAGUUCAUCUGUAAGUGCAAUUGCCAAAGCCAUGGCAUUCCAGCGAGUCCCAAGUGCCAUGAGGGGAACGGGACGUUUGAGUGUGGAGCCUGCAGGUGCAAUGAGGGGCGUGUGGGGAGGCACUGUGAGUGCAGCACAGACGAAGUGAACAGCGAAGACAUGGAUGCUUACUGCAGGAAGGAGAACAGCUCAGAGAUCUGCAGUAACAAUGGGGAGUGUGUCUGCGGACAGUGCGUGUGUAGGAAGAGAGAUAAUACCAACGAGAUUUACUCUGGCAAGUUCUGCGAGUGUGACAACUUCAACUGUGAUCGAUCCAAUGGCUUAAUCUGUGGAGGAAACGGUGUUUGCAGGUGUCGCGUGUGCGAAUGCUUUCCCAAUUACACUGGCAGUGCGUGCGACUGUUCCUUGGACACUGCUCCGUGUGUAGCAUCAAAUGGUCAGAUUUGCAACGGCCGGGGCAUCUGUGAGUGUGGGGCCUGUAAGUGUACAGAUCCCAAGUUUCAAGGGCCAACCUGCGAGACGUGUCAGACCUGCCUUGGCGUCUGUGCAGAGCAUAAAGAAUGUGUUCAGUGCCGAGCGUUCAACAAAGGAGAAAAGAAAGACACGUGUGCACAGGAGUGCUCCCACUUCAACCUCACUAAGGUGGAAAGCAGGGACAAGCUGCCCCAGCCAGUGCAGGUCGAUCCCGUGACCCACUGCAAGGAGAAGGACAUUGAUGACUGCUGGUUCUAUUUCACCUACUCGGUGAAUGGCAACAACGAGGCCAUCGUGCAUGUUGUGGAGACUCCAGACUGUCCGACCGGUCCCGACAUCAUCCCUAUCGUAGCAGGUGUGGUUGCUGGGAUUGUGCUCAUUGGCCUGGCCUUGCUGCUCAUUUGGAAGCUUUUAAUGAUAAUCCACGACAGAAGGGAAUUUGCUAAAUUUGAAAAGGAGAAAAUGAAUGCCAAGUGGGACACGCAAGAAAAUCCGAUUUACAAGAGUCCUAUAAAUAAUUUCAAGAAUCCAAACUAUGGACGUAAAGCUGGUCUCUGAUUGCCGGUGAAAAUCCUAUUUACAAGAGUGCGGUGACAACUGUGGUCAAUCCGAAGUAUGAGGGAAAAUGAGCCCUGCUCAGGCCCAUUCCACAACGCCGAGCUCACAGCAGCAUCGUCUUAGUCACGUAGGGUAGCUUUGGGGCUCCGUGGCCAGGGUUUGUUCACAUGCAGGUUUGGGAAAUGUACAAUAUGUAUAAUUUUUAAUUUUUUUUAUUAUUUUGAAAAUAAUGUUAUAAUCCAUGCCAGGGACUGACAGAAGACUUGAGAAAGGAUCUUUAUCUUUGUCAGCUGAGGUCACAGUGUGCCUUUUUAACCCUUCCUCCCAGAUCACUGGAAUCAGUGGCACUGCUGGGCAACGCAGGGCAGAGUUGAAGCAGCUGCAUCACCCACGUCUGCACCGCCACUGAUUGCCAGCAGAGUGCUGCAUCUGAAAGACACGCGUGCUGGCAGUUUCCAGUUAAAUCACUUUGACACAGUUGUUUUACAAAGGCCAUUGGGAAAAUUCAGAGAGGUGGAAGGAAAAACUUAGCUUUAAAACCUGUGUGCCAUUGCGAGUUACUUGAUCCCGUAACUCUGACGCCUUCUCUUUAUAAAUCCAAGCUUGGAUAAAAGUCCUGGGAACUCUUCAGCUAAGAAGUCCCUGACUUAGCACUAGUCACACAAAGGCCGUAACUUCCAUAGCAUUUGCUGAAUGGGAAUCUUUAUAUGAGUUUAUUUUACUUUACUGUUCUGUUUAAUUCCUGGUGCUCUUUUUCACUUCUUCUAAUCUUUUCAUGUGUCUGUUUGCAAUUUGGGGUUAAGACUUUUUAUCAUUUUGUUUUCUUGGCUGUUCAUUUGCCUUCUUCACAAACACUCGAAGCUGUCCUGCUGCUUGCAGGGCUACAGGGCCUGGGCAGGCCCAGCAGUUCAACCACUGUGCGCCUUCCGAACGCUUUCCCUGCUGCGCUCGCCCUCACCCUAGUCACAGCCUUGUUUUAAGUGCCUUUUAAUUUUGACAAUGCUAUUAACUGAAGUUAUUUAUUAAAAUAAAAAGGCCUAAAAUACUUAA